AAUAAAUGCGUAUCGGCAUUCUGUCAUAUCUAUCAUAUUAAUGAAAAGUGUAAGUUCGUUAUAGUCUAUUAAAUUUUAAUCGAUACAAAAUUGAUCGUUAUAUUACAUGCAAAAAGGGUAUAAACAAUAAAUUGAUACGAUAGACGCAUGGUAAAGACAAUGUUUCGCGCUUACGUUUGUAGUUCAUAUUUUGUCCAUACCUGUCGCUGAAGUCACACAGGCUUCGAGCGAGAGGUGAUGAACUGCCAUAAUGAAAAGUUCAUAUAUACACAUUUCGCAUUACGAUGCUCAACCAAUCCUCUUAUAAUCUUUCACAAGUAUAGUAGUAUUUUAUUUUAUCACGACUGUCAGCUGAUUAAUAGUGUAUCUUUUUAGUGAUUUACGAUUGGCAAACUGUAGAAAAGCGUAAAGUUAGUAGAAGGAACGUAUAACGAAGUGAUCAUUUGUACAACCAAUAAAGAAUUACAAUGCGUUUAGUAAUUUGUGAUACAGUAGACUAUGUAUCCGAAUGGUCCGCAAGAUAUGUUUUAAAAAGAAUUAAAGAUUUUGAACCAAAUGAAAACAAAUAUUUUGUUCUUGGACUUCCUACAGGUGGUACUCCUCUGGGGAUGUAUAAGAAAUUAAUAGAAUAUUAUAAAGCUGGAAAAAUUUCUUUUAAAUAUGUCAAGACAUUUAAUAUGGAUGAAUAUGUUGAUUUACCAAGAGAUCAUCCGGAAUCAUAUCAUUAUUAUAUGUAUAAUAAUUUUUUUAAACAUAUAGACAUUAAUCCUGAAAAUGUUCAUAUUCUUGAUGGAAAUGCACCUGAUCUUGUAAAAGAAUGUGAUGAUUUUGAAAAAAAAAUUAAGGAAGCUGGUGGAAUUGAACUUUUUAUUGGAGGUAUUGGACCAGAUGGCCAUAUAGCCUUUAAUGAACCAGGUUCGUCAUUAGCAUCUCGUACUAGAGUUAAAACUUUAGCACAAGAUACAUUGGAGGCAAAUGCUAGAUUUUUUGGAAAUGAUAUUUCCAAAGUUCCUAAACAAGCUUUAACCGUUGGCGUUGGUACUGUUAUGGAUUCAAAAGAAGUAAUGAUACUCAUUACUGGAUCUCAUAAAGCAUUUGCUUUGUAUAAAGCAAUAGAGGAAGGAGUUAAUCAUAUGUGGACAGUGUCAGCAUUUCAACAGCAUCCACGUACAUUAAUUAUUUGCGAUGAAGAUGCAACUUUGGAAUUGCGUGUAAAAACAGUAAAAUAUUUUAAGGGUCUCAGUGCUGUACAUCGUAAAUUGAUCGAAGAAGAUGGACAUACAAUACCACGUCGUUCAAUAAGUGACAGUUAAAAUGAAUUUAUGGGAUAUCCAUAGCAAGUUGAUAGAAGAAUCAAGCCAUGGAUUACGUUGAUGCAAUAGCCGAUACCUGUGUAAUGUAAAAGACUUCAUGUGUGAAAAGGACUCGAAAAAAUUGAUCUGAAAUUUCAGUUCAGACUGCCAUGGUAAAAUAUUUUUGUGAUAAACAAUGCUGUAUCAUAACUGUUUACUCAUGUAUUCCUGUUUUAUGUAUAUGUGUAUAUAUGUAUGUGUGUGUGUAUACACAAUCACAUAGAUACAUACAUACACAUACAUUAUAUAUACGUAUAUAUGCACACAUCCAUAUACAUACAUACAUACAUAUAUACAUAUGUACGUACGUACAUACAUACAUAUAUAUGUAUAAGUAGAAUUUCAAAUUGUGCAAAAGUGCAAUAUUUUUAUACUGUUAAUACCCAUUUUUCAUAAAAUAAAUUUAUCCUUUUAACACAUUAUCAAAUACAUGUAUUUAUCGAUCGUUAAAAAAUUGUUGAUCAAAAAGAUGAAUCAUCAGAAUCAUGAUAUAUAUAUAUAUAUAUUUUAUUAUUAUAAAAAUUUGAGAAAGUAAAAUAUUUAUUAUUAAAGAUUUGAAAAGGAAAGAAUACAAUUAUCUUUAUGUGUAUUUCAAAUUGAAGAUAAUACUUUCUCAUUAAUGAAAUGAUUACAUCAUUGUGAACAUAUUCUUCUACUUUACGAUUGACGUAAAGUAGGACGGAUGGGAGUAUCGAAUAGAGAAGUGGUUAUAUCGUUCGAGAAAAGUAGAUAAAAGAUUUAGUCGCAUCCAAGAGAUCAUUUGCCUCGGAUCGUUUGGCAGAGAUCUAUAUACGUGUAACUCCUUUUUAUACGUAAAAUAUAAUUUAUCGUAUUAUAAUAUCGAGAUAAAACUCAAGUGUAAGAUUCAUUGUAAUUGAAAUUGUUCAUUCGAUAUAUUCAUUUUUAUAAACGUCUUCCCGUUACGUCGUUAUAUUAGUGCGAGUUAGUACAAAAUUACGAUCAAAACUUUUCCUUUUUAUUACGUUUGAAUGACCAUGGAGACAAAACAAAAAGAACAAACUGAAAUAAAAAAGAUAGCUUUAUACCAAUUACAACCAUUAUUACGAUCAACGUUAGGUAAUAAAUUGAUCGUUGAAAAUUAUACGA